AUGCCUACACCCCAAAUCCCCGCUGUACCCAGCUCGCUGCGCACCCAAAUCACCCAAUUUGUCGUGCGAGCAAUACCCCGCGCACUGCGCGAGCCACCACCCGCGCAGCGCAGGCAACCCAUCCGCGCAGCGCAGGCAACCCAUCCGCGCAGCGCAAGCAACCAUCCGCGCAGCCAAAUCCCCACUGCACCCAGCUCGCUGCGCACCCAAAUCACCACUGCACCCAGCUCGCUGCGCACCCAAAUCACCACUGCACCCAGCUCGCUGCGCACCCAAAUCACCGAGGCCGCCUCCGGGCGCCCAUUCAUUCCUUCGCACUAUCCUAUAUCCGCCAGCUCAACCACUCAACAGUCACCUAUGCACAGUAAUUAUACCUCGCCGCCUCCGCCUCCUACCCUAGCUCAACGCUUAUCUGCUGCGCGGAAUAUGGUGCGACAGUAUGGUUUCGAUGAUAUCCCCAAUUGCCUAUUAGCAGAACUUCAGUGUACAGAUCCAUCCGUGCUCGCGCGUUCCAAAGCUUACUUGCAGCGCGGUAGCAUGGGCAAGCUUUUAUGUGCUGCGCUCGUACACUCUUCUAAUUCCAUCAACACCCUCGCAAAGGAUAUUGAUUUGCGUAAUGCAUGUGUGGAUAUCGUCGAGAACCUUGUGCACAGCGAAAUGAGCGCCCUUAUAGCUGCACCGCACAUGCGCAAAAAGAUGAAUCAAUUUACCCAUGAAUACAUCAGCGGAUUUUCACUCUCUGAUAUUGCAGUAGCGCAAAACAGCUUCGCUCCCACAGUCAAAAGGCUCGUUGAUGCAAUAAUAGCGCCUAGCGCUCAAGACCCCGCGCGCACUCAAGACCCCGCGCGCGCUCAACACCCUCCCCGCGCUCAAGACCCCGCGCACGCUCAAGACCCCGCGCACGCUCAAGACCCCGCGCACGCUCAAGACCCCGCCUCCCCGCUGGGCAAUCAUUAUCAACCCCACCAAGAAGACUCAGAAGAUCUCCCUUCAUUCAUAGAGCUGGGAGUCGGUACGACUAGUACGCAGAAACCUGCGCCCACCAAGCGUUAUGAUAUUGUCUCUACAGUUGCCAUCAGCAUUGCAGCUUAUGGGCGCUCACAACGCGCCAAUUCUCUUCAGGGCAUGGUGGGCUAUUAUUUGAACGCCUCCGGCGCCGGUAAACGAGUGAUAGAGGUCCUCCACUGCCUGGGAAUCUCUGUCACUUAUGAGGCUGUAAACCACGCACUGCGUGCUAAUGCCUCUGCCCUGCGUGAUAUGCUACGCAUCAAGGCUGCUGCCCACCCGUUCUUUGUUUCCUUCGACAACAUGGUUUUCUACCAAAGGGUAAAGACUCAUACUACUGGUAAUCGUCAAUAUCAACAACACUACACUGCGGGGUAUAUUGCAUUCCUGCAGGGCACCCCGCGCGCUGGGUUCCUCCCUCGCGCUGAAAUGCUCAACCGUGAUAGUGCCCGAUUGAUAUCUGCGCGCGACGUAAUGGUGGACUCAACAACCUUCCAAUACACGCGCGACGCCGCGAAGGCCAACAUAUGGAAUAUACUCCACAAACAUGCGCAUGGUGCUAUAGAGCUCAAUAUGCAGCGCAGAGGAAAAGAUGGCACUAUCAUCAAGCCAGGUUACGAACCAUUCAUUGCCCCCGCACUGUUUCCAUUGCCCUUGAAAAAAUCUGACCUUCACACGAUGCCCACCUUCCAUAAGAAUGAGGCCAUAAUCAGCGAGGUUAUCGACAUCAUAAAAUCAAUUCUACAGGAGCUUGAUAUCACCGCCCACCAGCUUAUGGACAAACUGAUCCUCUUCAAGGGCGAUUAUAUGACCGUGAGAAAUAUACUGAAGGCUGUUUUUCGCAGGCAGGAAGAUCAACCUGCGCACCAAAUGGAAUACGUGGAGCCCGUAAUUGGUCUCUUUCAUCUGCAAAUGUGUAUGCUGGGCACUAUAUUUAAGGCGCACUGGGGGAAUGAUGGUCGAGAGCCCACUAGUAUCCUCCGGUUUGUUAAAUUACUUCGAAAGCCCGCGAUAAACACACCUAAACCCAAGGAUUUCCGCGCAUACGAUCAAUUCUUUCAACAAAUACUUGAAGCGCAUGUAAUAUCUCUUGCUGCCGAAACUCUCAACGCCGACACCGUCGAGUUGUUCAAUCACCGCCUCCGCGCAGCCAACUGGCGUCUUGUAAUAGAGGAUAUGGUUGAUGCUAUAUUCCCAGUAUGCGGGGGACUAUCCGUCGUCAAGCGCAGGCGUUUCUGUGAGCGCGGCAUUCCUGUUCCGCACCAAUCCAGAGAUAUUCUAUAUGAAAAUGCGAUUUUACUACUGCAGCAAGGAUUGGUGUACGCUGACUACGGUGCGGCGGUAUGCGCGGGGGAUCCCGGGCGCCUGGAGCACAUCAUUCGCCUCUGGACCACGCAAUUACAUGGUACCCAAAAUAUCAAUUACCCGCGCGAGGUUAUUCAUUUGAUUGCUUGCAUGGAGAAAAUAUGGUCCCCAGAGAUGAGAAAUAUAUGGCGCCACAACUGCCUGGUUAAUCCCUCUGGGCGCAGGGGGGCAUGGGUGCCCGACGACCUAUUUGGUGAGUAUGUUGUGCGUGAGAUCAAGGCUAGGAUCCACCCAAGCAGCAAUAUUCACUCGGACCAACACCUUAGAGAAACAAUAUCUCGCCAAGUGAUGUCGCUACACGCCAGUAAGGUUUCUAUGGAGCGAGAAUCGCGUGCGCACAGCUAUGGGACGCACUCAUCCUUGGUACGCAGCUCAACUGAUGUGGCGAAUAUUGUGCGCGUACUCCUCGAUGAAGCCAUAUGCAGAGACUCGAUCCCCCGCGCGCUGGAUAGUGUGAAGGAACAACCGCACUGGGAGGCAACAGAUUUGAUGGGCGCGGGAAUAGCGCGCCUCGCAACUGGGGUGCCACUGCGCGAAUAUAUGCAGCGUGCACGAUUCAGCUGGCACCCUGGAAAGUCCUCAUCAAACACGUCAUCGCUGGAUCUCGAAACCGAAGAAGAUUUUGAUACUGAUAUACUUGGCCCAGAAGCCGGGCUAGACGAUCUCCUCUGA